AUGAACAAUGUAACUUUGUCCUGUUUUAUUGGCCUCAAUUGGUUAGGGCCCUUUCUUUUCGAAAUGAAGCUAAACUUAUCCAAGUUGACUAUGCGAGAUGAUAGGCUGGACAAGAUGACUCAAUCAUCGCGAGGGGAAACUCCUCACGCGACCCCUCGUUCCUUCCCUUCAUUGUCUUUGCCCUCAUCUACAACUCAUAUACAUUGCUUAUACCAUUGGUUGUAA